AUCUAAGAUGGCGUAGAAAGCCAUGCGCAUGAUAAUGAGGUGGUGAACUCACUCUUCCUCUCUUUCCCUUUUUAACAUAACAGAAAUACACACAGACACAAAACUUGGUCUAAGAGUGGGUCCCACUGUCGCUACACUCAAUCCAUCAAUCCGACGCCGUUUAUGUUCUUCGAGUUCCACCUAUGGCGGAAUCACCAUCUUCUUCCACCACUGUUAGCUUCAGAGAUAAUUUAUGGAAAGGCAUUUUCGCUGUUUCCGGAAUCAUGCUUACGCUCGUUACCUAUGGCCUCUUACAGGAAAAGAUCAUGAGAAUACCAUAUGGAGCAGAAAAGGAGUAUUUCAAGUAUUCACUCUUUCUUGUUUUCUGCAACCGGAUCAUGACGUCUGCUGUUUCGGCUGGUUCUUUGCUGGCAAGUAAAAAAGCAUUAGAUCCAGUGGCUCCCAUUUACAAGUAUUCCCUUGUGUCAGUAUCAAACAUACUAACCACAACUUGUCAGUAUGAGGCCCUCAAAUAUGUUAGUUUUCCUGUUCAGACUCUUGCGAAGUGUGCGAAAAUGAUACCGGUUAUGGUCUGGGGUACAAUUAUCAUGCAGAAGAGGUACAAGGGACCUGACUAUUUGUUGGCUUUUUUAGUUACCCUUGGCUGCUCAGUAUUUAUCCUAUAUCCGGCAGGAACAGACCUAAGUCCAUACAGCAGAGGAAGGGAAAAUACAGUUUGGGGCGUUCUUCUAAUGGGUGGCUAUCUUGGGUUUGAUGGCUUUACAAGCACAUUCCAAGAUAAGAUGUUUAGAGGCUAUGACAUGGAGAUCCAUAAUCAGAUAUUUUAUACGACAUUGUGUUCUUGUAUUCUUAGUCUGACAGGUCUUAUUGUACAAGGACACAUGAUACUAGCAGUAGAGUUUGUAUAUCGGCAUCAUGAUUGUUUCUUUGACAUAGCAUUACUUUCGACUGUUGCAACAAUUAGCCAAUUUUUCAUUUCCUACACAAUUCGCACUUUUGGUGCUCUGACAUUUGCUACCAUAAUGACCACAAGACAGUUGGUGAGCAUUAUGCUGUCGUGUGUUUGGUUUUCUCAUCCUCUUAGCUGGGAGCAGUGGAUUGGAGCAGUCAUUGUCUUCGGCUCCCUAUAUGCAAAAAGUUUCUGGAAGAAAGUACCUCAGAAGACAGCAUCCCCAAAAUCAUCCGCAGUAGAGCUUGUUCAAAAUGAGGAAUCGAAUGAUUUGAAGGAUGAUUUGAAGGACAACCCGUGACUGAGAUAGAGGCAAAGCAUACUGACCUUACACCUGACAAUGUCUGAAGGGAUUCAAUUUAAAGUUCAAGAGAUACACAUUCAGUAUUACAGAUGUGGUUUGACUUAAAUUCAGACAGCACCAAAUGCAGCUAGAUUCCUGGAUUUUGACAAUAGAGAACUUGAAAAGGAUGUUGUUAACCCUACAAUUUUCCACAGGGGAGAUCAAUUAUGGACCUUACUAAAGCCAAAAGAUGUUUAAUGAUCGAGAUAUGUAUAAUGCUUUGCUCAAGCAAAGUUGUUUUUGUUCAGUUUUUUAGAUGUGUUUGAGGGAAAGAUGGGAGGUUUGUAGUAAUUUUGGGGGUCAAUUAUUUACUUAAUUUAACAUCAUUAUUGGCAAUUUAUUUUAUGAUAGCAUAAUCUAUAAACUAAGUGUGCAAAAAUAUAACUUGCAUAUAUUAUCGCAAAACUAUAACAUGCAUUACUGAAUGGAUUUUUCAAUCAUACAAAACAUCUUGACAACUGUGGGCAUGCUUUUUUUCCCUACAUUACCCUCUGUUUCUAACAUGUGUCUUUUAAUAUUGUUCUGCACUUUAAAAAAAAAAGAAGCUUUGAGUAAUAAGCAAAAUUCAAAUGUAUCCUCAUUUUUCAUUGAGCUACUCGUUCAUUUACUCCCCUAGUUAUAGAAAAAAAAGUAGUUAAUAUAACUGAAACUCGAAGCAAUGAUAGUUACAAAAAUAGUAUUGGGGCCGACGGACGUCGUGGAUUGGAAGCAAUCAAUGGAGAAGAUGGUGUACCCGUAGACACUCUGAUGUUAAAGUAAG